CGAGCAGGGCAGGGCGAGGGGCUGGGGGGUGGGGGCGUACGCCAUGGCGGAAUCGCAGCAGCUGCGGGUGCAGGAAGCGGUGGACACCAUGGUGAAAGGGCUGGAGCGGGAGAAUAUCCGCAAGAUGCAGGGUACCAUGUUCCGGUGCAGUGCCAGUUGUUGUGAGGAUACCCAGGCCUCCAUGCAGCAGGUUCAUCAGUGCAUUGAGCGCUGCCACGCUCCCUUGGCCCAGGCCCAGGCUCUUGUGACCAGUGAACUGGAAAAAUUCCAGGACCGCCUGGCUCGAUGCACCAUGCACUGCAAUGACAAAGCCAAAGACUUGAUGGAUGCUGGGAGCAAGGAGCAACAGGUGAAGAGGCAGCUAGAAUCCUGUGUGACCAAAUGUGUUGAUGACCACAUGCACCUCAUCCCCACCAUGACUAAGAAGAUGAAGGAUUCCCUGGCAUCUAUUGCAAAAUAGAGUCAUUGUCAGCCAUCUGGGGUGGGAGAAUGGGUCUGCUUACAAAAUUAUAUGGAAAUUUUUGCCUUUCAGUGAAAAUUUAAGAAUGAAGAAAAAGAGGCCGAGAGCAAGUUUUAAGAAUACCUUUAUGGGAAUUAAGCAUCUGCUUCUGGACUCUGUUAGUUCCAUUAUAUGUUUUAGUCCAUAAAUGAAAAAAUGGAAAAAACUGGUGCUCAGAUCUGGAUUGGAGGUAGCAUGGAGGGCUGACAGUAUCCAGGUCUAUCCCUUCAGUGACUAUGAUCCCUAUUCUAUCUGUUGGCACCCUUAACAGCUUUCCACUGGUUUAGAGGUAUUCCAUUCCUAUAAGCUGGAAUAACCCUUUGGGUUUAUAGAUAUUAGCUGUUCUCCUCCCCAGUCUAUCUUCAACUGGUAUGAUUCCUUGAGGCAGCAUCCACUUUUGUUUGGUGCCAACUUCACAUCUACCUGAUUGAGCCAUUUCCCAUAGACCAUAAAGCUGCAGUCAUGAGGUCACUAUUGAUUGGAAAAGAGAAGCAUAGUUGUGCUUUUCUCUUCAGUACAGGAACCUAGCAUGCAGAGGGAAGUCUGGGGGAAAGGAUUACUUGGAUUAGAGCAAUGAGCAGCUCCCCUAUUCGCUCCUUUAAGGAGAUAGUGUUCAUGCUGACUUUUUGCUGGGACACCAAGCAAAAGCAGAAAAAGGGAAUCUCUCACCAGGCAGGUGAAGCUCUGGUUCUUUGAUAUUGGCUUCUCUAGAACCACUGUUCAGGUUACCUUUUCUUGCCCUUAUGGGAGGUACUACAGAGGCAACACUUUAAUUAAAGUGUUUUUUGAGACUAAUGAAAUAUUUUAAAUUAAGGCCAAAGAAGUCUCUCUUUGCUUGCAGAGCAAUCUUAAUUAAGCCUCUUGCUUAAUGGGAUGAUAGAUGGCUGGUUUGGGGGGAAAUUAAUUUUCCCCAAAGCAGAAAAAAAAAAUGUUACCUGAUCCUGGUCCUUCUGAUUUGCCCUCUUUAAUGGAAACAAUCUGUGUUUAGAGCACACUCUUAAGACCCGAAAAAGUAGGAGACAACUUAAACCUCUGGGGCAAAGGCAGGUUGCAAGGGAGAGCUUUUUUCUACCCCAGAGUACAGGCAGCUAGCACCAAUUAUCCAGUUAAAACUUUGAGCAACAUGUUAGUACCAGACAUUGUGUUGGAAAAGAUCUUGUUCUCUUUAUACCAACUUCUUAUUGAAUGCAAUUAACAUAGCCUUACUGUUCAGUGUUUCAAGGCUAUGUCGUAUUUUCCUAGUGUUUUGAUUAAAAAAAUAGUUUGACUUUUUUACUUUC